CCUAGUCCAUUCCUUCAAUUCAAAGCAUUCAAACGCUUUUCAGUUUUCCUCUUCAACCAAUUUGAUUUUCCAACUUUCCAGUUUUCAGUUGUCAGUUCAAUUCAUAAGACAGAAAUUGAGACGUUGAGAGGUGUAAUUUUUAAAAAAAAGUAUGAAUGAAAUUAAAAUUUUAUCAGUGUUGUGUUGGUGGCAUACCGUGUACUUUCAUACUUUCAUGAUCUGUUUGCUUGUAGUUGUUAUCAGCCGAGUUGUUUUGUGACGAUCGAAUAAUUGGGGUGGAGAGGGAAAGAAAAUUUUACUUUUUGUUGGCUCUCGACAUUUUAACAGAGUAAAUCAGCUGAUUACUAAAUUUUUGUAAAAAAUUCUGUUCUCCAUAAUCGUCUCAUUUUCAUUAGUCAGUACACCCAUGGAACAGUGUUCGAUGUUAAAUUAAAUUAAAUCAAGUUGUGGUGAUAUAUUAUGUCAAAUAAUUAUCGUGUAAUUAUGCAGUGGAAACUGUUUUGUGAGAUUCGGCGAUUCUAAAAUAUCAAUUUUCCUUUCUUUUUAUUCCUUGUUAAAAAAUAUCAGUCCGAUGUUGAAAAUGGAUACGUUGUAUUCCAAUACUUGUAGUAUUUUAUACAAUCGAGAAAUUUUGAAAAAUUCCACGUCUUGUAACCAGUUGAUAUCUGACAGAUUGAGCAGGAAAAAUGACUUGUUAUUCAAACGAGAUCUUGUUUCCCAUUAUGGUUGUGUUAAUGCUGUUGAAUUCUCCAGUAACGGCCAAUAUUUAGUAUCAGGUGGAGAUGAUCGACGAGUGUUACUGUGGAACGUUCAAAAAGCGUUGCACAAUUGCGGAAAACCUACAGUUAUGCGGUCAGAACAUCACAGCAAUAUUUUUUGCUUGUCUUUCGAUAAUAGUGUAACUCAUAUAUAUUCAGCUGGAAACGACGAUCAAGUUAUUCUUCACGACAUGGAAACACGGAAAGUGUGUGAUGUUUUCAACUUGGAACAUCCUAUUUAUGGAAUUUCUGUUGAUCCUUGCAACGAUAAUAUAUUUGCCAGCGCAGGAGAAGAUGGUCGCAUUUUGAUUUUCGAUACUAGGUUAAACGCCAGCAGUGAUCCGUAUAAGUUGGCACAAUUUGAAUCACCUUUUCACGCUGUCAUGUUCAACCCUGUUGACCCCAGAUUGAUCACCACUGCCAAUUCUAAAGAAGGUGCUGCCUUGUGGGACAUACGUGUCUCUAAUAAAGUUUUGUUACAAUACGGUCGUCGAGGAAGUUGCAUGAAUGUACGGUGGGAUCAAACUGGUACCAGAAUUUUGGCUCUUAGAAGACGACAAAUACCGAUAUUAUACGAGAUCAAUAAUUCGAAACAUAUAGCUCAAUUCUUCCACGAAAAUUAUUAUAACUCGUGCACGAUGAAAUCUUGUUGCUUUGCUGGAUUAAAUGAUGAAUACGUGUUAUCUGGUUCCGAUGACUUCAACUUAUACAUGUGGAAAAUCUCAGACGCGAUGAAAAAUGAAAACCCCAAAAGUAACGCGCAUUUAGUGCUGAAAGGUCAUCGCUCUAUAGUGAAUCAAGUUCGCUUCGAUCCUUAUAACUGCGUUAUAGCGUCUUCGGGAGUAGAAAAAAUAAUUAAAAUGUGGAGUCCUAUGCCUUUACCCGAUGGAACUCAAAAUACAUCCGACUGGAUUCGCAAACGAUAUACUCAUGACGAAUAUGUAUCAUUACUUUUAAGAUCAGGACAAUUCAUGUCACAUGACUACAGCGAACAAUCCACUGCUGAAGAUCCACAAAUGAUGGCCUUCUUUGAUUCUUUGGUGCAACGAGAACGUGAUGGAUUAGCUUCAGAGUCUGAUGACGAUUCAUCAGAAACUUCUUUGUACACAAGCAUUGAAUGCUUUGAAGAUGAUACUGAUUACUCUAGUCUGUCAGAAGAAUUAAAUGUACCGCCUAGCCGAACAGUUGUGCAUACAAUUUCUUUAGGUGUUGAUAAUGAGAAUUCGUCUAGUUCUUCCGAAGAAAAUUUGAAUUCAGAAGAAGAAAAUCCCGAAACAACUGAACCCGUUGAAUGCACCAUUCGUAGAAGAUCGAAAUCAUCAUCCACACGUCCGUUAGGACUGUAUUUUCGUGCCACUGAAAACGAAGACCAUUCAACAUUGUCUUCGUCCUCAUCGUCGUCAUCUUCGUCCUUAUCAUCCUCAUCAUCCUCGUCGUCGUCGUCGUCUUCAUCCUCUUCGACUUCUUCCGCAUCACCCGCGUUGCUGAAAAAAGCUGCUCAGUCCUCAAAAUCGGAAGAAGAAUCAACUACCAGUAAAUUAACUCGAAAACGAAAAUCGAAAUCUAGCGUAAAGGAAGCACUUCAGCGUUUAAAACGCGUUCGUUCAGAAGCACUUCAAUCGCUUCCCUCGGAUCCAGUAGAUCCGGUUGUUUCUUCUGACCGUUCUAGCGGAAGUAGUAGUGGAUUAGAAGUUUGUGCUAGCAACGGGGGAACGUCCACCGAUACCCUCGACAGCGGAGUAUAUGUGUACUCCUCACCACCCCGUCCUAAGUAUAAAUUCACUUUAUUUAAAAAGAAUCAAAAACGCAAAUAUCGAACUCGUCAACCUUCUUAUUCUUCGUCGUCGUCAUCAACAGAUAGCGAAUAAAACCGAAUUUUUUUUUCGGCUAAGCGAUUUUUUUUUGUAAAUUUUUUCUUUGCAUCAAGUUUGAAUUUUGACUUAUAAGUUAUUUUAGAGCGUGCUUUCGAAAGAUCGCUAAAAAAUUGUGGCAAAAUUUUAGCUGAUCAAUAGAGUCAAGCUGACGCAUCGAAUUACCUCUUGUUCGACUAUUUUCUUUAUUCUUAUAAAAUUAAAUCACUUGCAAUUUUUGAUUUGGUUGUCUCUGUACUUUCCAAGUCAUUCAUCGUGUUUUAUGCUGUUCGUGAUUUUUUAAGUAUAUCGUGUGAAUGUGAAACAAUUAUAUAGGAGUGUUUUACCUAGUAUAUUAAGUACUAAGCCCUUAUAUCUGUAACAUAACUAUGCUGCAUUGACUGCGAAAUCGUUCAAACUCGAUAUUAAGAAUACCUCGGAAACCAGCUGGCGUUUUCUUAUUAAAUCGAGGUAUGGGAAAAGUACCAUAAUUCAUCUUACGAGUAUAACCAUCUUCUGUACAUCAUUUAUAUAUAACGUGAUUGUAUUUAAGAAUUAUUUAUUGUUUAUUAUAGACGUGCUUUCAUCUAUUUAUUUAUUUUUUUCUUUUGAAUUUACGUUUCAAUCUAUACAUUAUUAUUUAGUCAAUAUUGUAUUUUGAAACUUUGUACAUACUCGAAUAAUUCAUACCGUUGAAUAAAAUAUUAUGAAAAUGCUA